UUGGAAUUCUCGAUACACUUUUGUUUGGCGUGCCAUAACUUCACGUACGUCAUACGUUGCGAAGCAGGAAAUUGAGUCUUUCUGAAAUUCUCACGGAAGAAAACCAAAUUACAUGGUGAAAAUGGUAAAGACAAAUUUAGUAUUUUCGACUGUUACAUUGAUCACAUUUCUUGGUCUUGCCAAAGGAACAAUAAUAUCUCCACCUGAUGGUCAAAAAUUUGUAUUUUUGCCUGGAUCUUCUCACAAUAUAACUUGGACAUUAAAUAAGAUUGGAAACUUUCUUUUUCGGAGCUGGACCUUUAGGACAUUUGACACUCCUUCUUCUGCAGCUCAAGUAAUUGUAAGAAUAAUUGAUGAUAAAAAACCACAUUAUCGUACAUCAGUCCUUAAGUCUUUGGGUUUAGAUGUUGAAGUUUUUAAACCUGCAACUCUAAUGUUAAAGAAUGUUACUCAAAGUUACAUUGGUGUUUAUAAAUUUUCUAUCCAUGCUCCUGAUCCCUUUGGCUCAUCUGUUGAAGUGUUUAUUGCAAGUAAGUUGUAUUAAUUAUUUUAAACUUAGCAGCGGGGUUAUCCAAGCCUUUCAUGUAAUCUGAGUAGCUGUAGCAUCGGGCGUAAUUAUACGAUAUAUGACCGCAGUCUGGAAUCCUAUAGCUAAAUACUUGAGCCGUUGAGCGAAGACAAAUACGAAGACUUGUUUUGUUCUGUUUUAAUUUAAAAAAGAAACUAUAGGGUAUCUUUUGAUUUGAAUAAUCUAUGUUAAAGUGUUUGUAUCACAGAUUUUACUACAUUUGAGUAUAGGACAAAAAAAUUAGUUAUUGAUACCACUUUUGAUUUUUGUGGUAUAAAAUUUGAUAUCAAUUGAUCAACUGGUAAUAUCACUAUUAUGUCUCGCCGAACAAAGAACAGUCUAUCCACGCUUACAGAUGUUGAUGUUAAAAGCUUGAUUCUGAAUUUGCCCA